AUGACCCCCAGGCGCCCCGGCCGCCAUGGCCACUGUUUUGGUUACAGAGCGCGCGGCUCCCUCAGCUGGGGCGCCUGCGCCCCGGCCCCUGCCUUGCGCCCCAGCUGGGCGCCCCCCGGGCCAGGGCUGCGCGCGCGGGGCGCUCACCCGGUGCCGCCCACAGGCCUCUUCGAGUGUAAGGACAAGCGCGAGGACGUCAAGUCCGAGGACGAGGACGGGCAGACGAAGCUGAAGCAGCGGCGCAGCCGCACCAACUUCACGCUGGAGCAGCUGAACGAGCUGGAGCGGCUCUUCGACGAGACGCACUACCCCGACGCCUUCAUGCGCGAGGAGCUCAGCCAGCGCCUGGGGCUGUCGGAGGCGCGCGUGCAGGUUUGGUUCCAGAACCGCCGAGCCAAGUGCCGGAAGCAGGAGAACCAGAUGCACAAAGGCGUCAUCCUGGGCACCGCCAGCCACCUGGACGCCUGCCGGGUGGCGCCCUACGUGAACAUGGGCGCGCUGCGGAUGCCUUUCCAACAGGUCCAGGCGCAGCUGCAGCUGGAGGGCGUGGCCCACGCGCACCCGCACCUGCACCCGCACCUGGCGGCGCACGCGCCCUACCUGAUGUUCCCGCCGCCGCCCUUCGGGCUGCCCAUCGCCUCGCUGGCCGAGUCCGCCUCGGCCGCCGCCGUGGUGGCCGCCGCGGCCAAGAGCAACAGCAAGAACUCGAGCAUCGCCGACCUGCGGCUGAAGGCGCGCAAGCACGCGGAGGCCCUGGGCCUCUGA